CUCGUGGGUUUUGCGGACCCCACUUCACAUAAAAUCCCCCUUUUUUUUCACACAACAAAAAAAGCAAGAAAAAGAAAUCUCCAUACUUGCAUUUUUGCUUUGUUUUCAGCAUUUACCUCUUCCUCUUCUUGUCUUCUUCUUGAUUUUUCAGGUAAAAAGAUUAAAUCUUCGAGUUGGUAAAAUAAAAAAGCUUAAACUUUCCGGUGCUCAAAGCUGAUUACUGAUUAGAUUCGUUUGAGAAGAAUAUGUCCCUUUCACUAGGUAUUUGACUCUCUUUCUCUCUCUACCCUCUCUCUUCAAAAGGGGGGUUUGAAGAUUUUUUUACCUAAAAGGAAAUUUCGUUUUAUUCUUUUUCCUUUUUUUGUUUUUGCACUGAACCCACUUUUGCUAUGCUGUGUUAUUGAUUUCCUGGGAAAAAAUUGGUUGGUAUUAGUCUGUUUUUGUUGGGUUUUUGUUUGACCUAGCAAAAUUCCAACUACCCAGAGUCCCUUUUUCCUUUUUCCUUUUUCCAGCAUUUAAUUGUUUAUGCUUUUCAGGAGGUGUUCAUAGUUGAUUUGAAUUUCUGGGUUUGACCUUAAAUUCUGUUAUUUUUGGUGGGUUUCCUGUGUUUUUUUUGGUGGUGGGGUGAUUAAGUGGAAGAGGACCUAGUCAGCUUUGAAUUUUGCCUCACAAUUUGGAUUGGAUUGCUAAAAUGUUGUUUUGUCUGUGUAGUUUGGAAAGAUAAAGCUUUCUAAGGUGUGGACAGGGGCAAUGGUGAUGGUCUUAUUGCGGCGCAACAGCUGCAGGGUUAAGCUGAAGUAAUUCCUGAUUGAAUUUUCUCAGCACUCACCUUCUGAUCUGGGUUUUGAUUGCUGGAUUACUGGUCAAAAUCUUCUCCUCGCUUUGUUGAAUUUUAAGGAUAAUUUGGUACUUCUUUGUUCUUUAAUCUUUUAUUUCUGGAUUCUUUGUGGUUGUCAAUUCUAGAAAGAUUGAGGGUUUGAACAUUUGGGGAAGUCUACUUAGGUUUGGUUGUUGGUGAACUUUGGUUGAACAUCUUAUUAGGGCAUGCAUUAAUUUUAGCCUAAAAGAAAAUUUUCUAGAUUGUUUUGGAACUUUGAUUUGGGUUUAUUGGGAGGAUAACAAUGGAGGAUAACAACAAUGGAGAUGAUUGGAAACAGAUGCUUAGAAAGAUGCUUCCGCCCGGUGCAUCGUUGCCUCAAGGAGUUGAUAAUCCAGAAUAUUCCAUAGCUAUAGAAUAUAAAGGUCCUGCAAUAUCUCAAGAAGUUCCUAGAAUUGAACCUCUUGAUGUAAAUCCAAGGUUGAUUCCAACUGCCUCCAUUGCUGAACCACUUUCAGAGUCACAAAGACAAUUCUUUGAGUCCGAACCACCGGUCAUUGAACCGAUCCCUUUACCCUUCUCUCGAAUUGCCAGGGCAGUGGAUUCACUUACUGAUAGUCCUAGGUUAUCUGGAAGUUCAGAAUCUGUUGUUUCUGUGCUUCAAAAUCCUGAUUAUUCUUCAGCUUCUCCUUCUCGGUCUCCUGGUUCGGGUCACAAUACUGAAAAUAAUUCUGUAAACCAAACAGCUAAUGAAGGGAGAAGGGAAAGGGUCCCUGUGGUCACCUUUAAUACUGUGGAUAGAUCUGAAAGUGAAGACCUUGAUGCCGAACCUCCAAUCUAUCCUGAAUAUGUUGGUUUUUCUACUGAAAAAAAGAAAAAGAAGAAUGUAAAGGUUUGUUUUCGAUGUGGAAAGGGAAAAUGGGAAACAAAGGAGGCUUGUUUGGUUUGCGAUGCUAAGUUUUGUAGUAACUGUGUGCUUCGGGCUAUGGGGUCUAUGCCUGAGGGGCGUAAAUGUGUUACUUGUAUUGGGAAGCCGAUUGAUGAAUGGAAACGGCCUAAACUUGGGAAGAAUUCUAGGGUUUUGUCUCGGUUAUUGAGUCCUUUGGAAGUUAAGCAGAUUAUGAUAGCUGAAAGGGAAUGUUCUGCAAAUCAACUUCGGCCCGAACAACUGAUUGUAAACGGGUAUCCUUUAAAGCCCGAUGAAAUGGCUGAGUUACUUGGCUGUCCUUUGCCACCUCAAAAGUUAAAGCCCGGGAGAUAUUGGUAUGACAAAGAGUCUGGCCUCUGGGGAAAGGAGGGAGAGAAACCUGACAGAAUCAUCAGUUCAAAUUUGAGUUUCAGUGGAAAACUGAGUCCCGAGGCAAGCAGAGGAAACACUGGAGUUUACAUUAAUGGUCGUGAGAUUACAAAGCUUGAGCUAAGAGUGUUAAAGCUGGCCAAUGUCCAGUGUCCACGUGAAACUCAUUUUUGGGUCUAUGACGAUGGCCGCUAUGAGGAGGAAGGACAAAAUAAUAUUAGGGGGAAUAUUUGGGAGAAGGCAUCAACUCGCUUUGUCUGUGCAUUGUUCUCUUUGCCUUUUCCCCAAGGCCAGUCUCAUGGAGUUAGGGAUGAGGCAAGCAAUUAUGGUGCUGUUGUGCCAACAUAUUUUGAACAGAAAAGAACGCAGAAACUUCUUCUUCUCGGACUAGAGGGGUCUGGAACUAGCACAAUCUUCAAACAGGCCAAAUUUUUGUACGGGAACACGUUUACUGAAGAAGAACUGCAAGAUAUUAAAUUGAUGAUUCAGAGCAAUAUGUAUAAAUAUCUAAGUAUAUUGCUUGAUGCAAGAGAGAGGUUUGAGGAAGAAGAAAUGGCAAAGAUGGAGAUAAAAGAAGCACAUGACGGAGAUGGUGAAUCAGGUGGGACUUCAGAAGUAGAGUCCAACGGGACUGGUCAAAGCAUAUAUUCUAUUAACCCGAGGUUAAAGCAUUUUUCUGACUGGUUAUUGGACAUCAUUGCAACUGGUGAUCUGGAUGCAUUUUUCCCUGCUGCAACAAGGGAGUAUGCUCCUUUAGUUGAAGAAGUUUGGAAGGAUUCUGCUAUACAAGAAACAUAUAGAAGAAAGGAUGCGCUACACUUCCUUCCGGAUGUUGCUGAAUACUUUUUAAGCCGGGCUGUUGAGGUGUCGAGCAAUGAAUAUGAACCUUCAGAGAGGGAUAUUUUGUAUGCAGAAGGCGUGACUCAAGGAAAUGGUUUGGCUUUUCUUGAAUUCUCCCUUGAUGACCGUAGCCCAAUGUCUGAGUCAUAUACGGAGAAUUUGGAUGCAACCCCAACUUUGACCAAGUACCAAUUGAUCAGGUUAAAUGCUAAGGGUAUGAGCGAAGGAUGCAAGUGGGUUGAAAUGUUUGAAGAUGUCCGUGCAGUCGUCUUCUGCGUAGCUCUAAGUGACUACGACCAAACAUGGAUUUCUCCAGAUAAUACUACUUGUACUGGUAGUGGAACUCUUCUUCAAAACAAAAUAAUACAGAGCAAAGAACUAUUCGAGAAGAUGAUUAUACACCCGUGUUUCAGAGACACCCCUUUUAUUCUGGUAUUAAACAAAUACGACCUUUUCGAAGAACGGAUUGGUAGGGCACCUUUAGGUACAUGCGAAUGGUUUAACGACUUCUGCCCUGUUCGAACUAGCACCUCUAAUCAGUCAUUAGCAAACCAAGCUUACUUUUACGUUGCAAUGAAGUUUAAGGAUCUUUAUGCAUCGGUUACUGGUAGGAAGCUUUUCGUAUGGCAAUCUAAGGCGAGGGAUCGAGUUAAUGUGGAUGAAGGGUUUAAGUAUUUAAGGGAGAUUUUGAGGUGGGAUGAGGAAAAAUAUGAGAACUUUUAUGGUGGACCUGAAGAUUCUUUUUACAGUACUGAUAUGAGUUCUUCACCUUAUGUUGUCAGACAAGAAGAGUGAAGUGAAGUGAGUUCAUGUGUAUUUGUAACAGUGUAUAAAUGUCUGUAUGUUUGUCUGUGUAUGAGGUUUAGGGCUGAUUUGGUUAUGGCUUUUUAAUGUCUGUUAAAUCAGUUGUUUUUGUAUUGCAACUACUCAUUUGUAAAGGGUUGUUAAUAUUUGUUGAGGU